GGCUUGAUCUGGGAUCCUCUGAUCCCUCCCGUCACUGCACCACGCCCGAGAUGAAUCUACGUUCUGUAUUUACUGUAGAACAACAAAGGAUUUUACAGCGUUAUUAUGAAAAUGGAAUGACAAAUCAAAGUAAAAAUUGCUUUCAGCUCAUAUUACAGUGUGCACAGGAGACUAAGCUGGACUUCAGUGUAGUCAGGACGUGGGUUGGCAAUAAGAGAAGAAAAAUGAGUAGUAAGAAUUCUGAAUCAGGAGCAGCAACAACAGGAACUGUUUCUGGUACUCCUUUGGCAGCUCCAGACGUUACAGUCAGAAAUGUGGUUAAUAUUGCUCCACCCGCAAGCCAACAGUCUUCUUGGACAUUGCCCAAUAAUGAUGUCAUUGUAACUGGUAUAUACAGUCCAGCCAGUUCAUCAAGUAGGCAAGGGACAACCAAACAUACAAAUACACAAAUUACAGAAGCACAUAAAAUCCCUAGUCAGAAAACAGCCAGUAAAAAUGAUACUGAGUUUCAGCUGCACAUUCCUGUUCAAAGACAAGUAGCACACUGUAAAAAUGCCUCUCUGCUCUUAGGUGAAAAAACAAUUAUUUUGUCAAGACAGACAAGUGUGCUAAAUGCUGGAAACUCUGUAUACAAUCACACAAAGAAACACUAUGGAAGCUCUUCAAUGCAAGCCUCUGAGUUGACGGUACCACAAAAGCCAUCUGUGUGCCACCAACCUUGCAAAAUUGAACCAGUCGGAAUUCAAAGAUCAUAUAAGCCUGAACACACGGGUCUAGCAUCACAAAACUUAUGCGGGCAAAAGCCACCUAUUAGAGACCCUUACUGCAGAACACAAAACUUGGAAAUCCGUGAAGUAUUUUCAUUGGCAGUUAGUGAUUACCCCCAAAGAAUUCUGGGAGGAAAUGCCCCACAGAAGCCUCCUAGUUCAACAGAAGGAAUUUGUUUGUCCAUUGCAAUGGAGACUGGAGAUGCUGAUGAUGAGUAUGCCAGAGAGGAAGAGUUGGCAUUGAUGGGAGCACAGAUACCAAGCUACUCAAGAUUUUAUGAAAGUGGCAGUUCCCUUCGAGCUGAGAACCAAAGUACAGUUUUGCCCGGACCAGGAAGAAAUAUGCCAAAUUCACAAAUGGUGAAUAUUAGAGACUUGUCAGACAAUGUACUGUAUCAAAACAGAGAAUACCAUUUGACACCACGGACCUCAUUACAUACAGCAUCUACUACAAUGUACAGUAAUACAAAUCCAUCACGGAGUAAUUUUUCUUCACAUUUUGCAUCAUCAAACCAAUUGAGGUUAUCACAAAACCAAAACAAUUACCAGAUUUCAGGAAACCUUACUGUGCCUUGGAUUACAGGGUGUUCUAGAAAAAGAGCACUACAAGACCGCACUCAGUUCAGUGACCAAGACUUAGCCACCCUUAAGAAGUACUGGGACAAUGGCAUGACCAGCCUUGGCUCUGUUUGUAGAGAGAAAAUUGAAGCAGUUGCAACUGAAUUGAAUGUUGACUGUGAAAUAGUUCGGACUUGGAUUGGGAAUCGAAGAAGGAAAUAUCGUUUAAUGGGGAUUGAAGUUCCACCUCCAAGAGGAGGCCCUGCUGAUUUUUCUGAGCAACCCGAAUCUGGUUCUUUAUCUGCACUCACACCAGGAGAGGAAGCUGGGCCUGAAGUAGGAGAGGAUAAUGACAGAAAUGAUGAAGUAUCCAUCUGUUUGUCUGAAGGAAGCUCGCAAGAGGAAUCCAGUGAAGUUGUUCCAAAUGAGGCAAGGGCUCAUAAGGAGGAGAACCACCAUACAGUAUCCACAGAUAAUGUGAAAAUAGAAAUUAUUGAUGAUGAAGAAAGUGACAUGAUAAGUAAUUCUGAAGUAGAACAAGUGAAUUCUCUCUUGGAUUAUAAGAAUGAAGAAGUCAGAUUCAUUGAAAAUGAGCUAGAGAUUCAAAAGCAAAAAUAUUUUAAACUUCAGACAUUUGUAAGAAGCUUGAUACUAGCUAUAAAAGCUGACGAUAAGGAACAACAGCAGGCACUGCUGUCAGAUUUACCUCCUGAAUUAGAAGAGAUGGAUUUCAAUCAUGCCUCACCGGAGCCUGAUGAUACCUCAUUCAGUGUGUCUUCUUUAUCAGAGAAAAAUGCCUCAGACAGUUUGUGAUUGGGUGGGGGGAGGAUAUAUGAUACAGCCUUUUGGCUACCUAACAGGUAUGCAUUUCAACAUAGUUGCAUUCUGUUGCCCCGAAAUUCUUUAGUUGGAAAAAGAUAUUGUCGAACAAUGUAUACUGAAGGAUUAACAAGAUA